AUGGAUGUGUCGAACACGAUGUGCUUCUUCCUCAUCUUUUUUCUGUAUUUUGUGUGUGGGGCAGUUGUUUCUUUGCAUGGGUUGACACGGUUUGUGACGGGGUAUUCAUUGUGGCCAAUAGUCCAUUCUCCCAACGUGAUUGGUCUUUUAACACUCUUCACUGGUAUUUAUAUGGCCCUUUCUUCCGUAUCGACGUUGAUUUCCCUUUCAAGAAAGACAUACAUUGCAGGCGUCAUCUCUCUUGCACUGUUUGUCAUUGUUGCCUUUCUUCUUUCCGUCAUCAUGGUGGUGAGUGGAAUAGAUUACACCGUUUUGAAAGUCGAUAAGGUGGGGAGCGCAGAACUACAAAUUAUCGAAGAACAGUUCUCAUGUUGCUCGUGGAAGGGACCGAUUUCGAAGAAUUGUAUUUCUGAGGUCGGGAAAAAACUGAACCAAAAUUGUUAUACAGUGGUGGGUAAAAAUGUUAUUUCAAUGUUCGGCACUGACACCUUUUUUGCAACAAUCUUCUUGGCUUUCACUUUAUUCCUCAUUUUCGUGGCUUUUCAAAAUCUCAAGAGCGAACAAAACAAACUCAUGCACAGGAGAAAAAGAGAUGAGUGA